GAGGAUGUAAUGCGUAAGACUCAGAACAGUGGAGUAACAUAUGAAACUAUUAGCAUGUGUCGAUCUAGUGCCAGAGAUACUAGGCAUAUCGCAAACAUGGUUGUGUACUAUGGAGUUAUACAGGAGAUAAUCUUGUUGGAUUACCAUAUGUUUCAAGUUCCAAUAUUCAAGUGUAAGUGGGCAAACAAAGGAAAUGGUGUAAGAGAAGAUGAAGAUUUUACAUUAGUGAAUCUUAAUGUAAACCAAUCUGCGUACAGAGAUGAUCUAUAUAUUUUGGCAUCGCAAGCGAAACAAGUUUUCUACUCUAAAGAAGAUGAUUCAUCUCCUUGGCUUGUAGUUAUGAGGGCGCCACCAAGAAGAUAUCACGAGUUAGAAACAAAAGAGGAAUUUGUUGCACCUUUAUCUGUUCCUGAAAUUGAAGAUCUAGGGAACCAAUCUUCUGAUGAUGAGAGUUUCUCUGUUAGAGAUGAUUGUGUGAUGACGACAGGAGAUGCAAACAAGAGUCGACGCAGUAAAAGAAAAAAAGGACUUGCCCCAGAGACUCAAGAUGAAGUAGACACUACACACCACAAUGAAGAGGAAGAUGUAUGUGCCCAGAAUGAUCAAGAAACUAUCCAGCCUGCCCAAGAAGGAGCAACUGAAACCCAGGAAGAAAAAAACAAAUCAAGGGAAACAAGAGGGCCUACAAAGAUGCGUGAAGUUGCUAAACACCAUGAUGAUAAGGUUGAUGUUGAAUACACUCUUCUAGCAUGGAAAAAUUGGGUGAAGAGUAGAAGUAGCCCAGAAUUUAAGGUUAAAAGUGACAAGUAUAUAGCACUGAGAAAGGCGCAAAUUCCCCACACCACCAGCCGGAAAGGAAUGCUUAGAGUAGCUCAUGAGAUGAGGAACAAGAGUUCUGAGCCUAGCAAGGUGACUAGGAGUAAAGUAUGGGUGGCAGGGCAUACUCAUUCAGAUGGAAUCCCUGUUAGACCUGAAUUUGUAGAGACUAUUGAACAUAUAAAAUCUAUUGAUAGUGAAAUGGGAUCAACAGCUAGUACUGGCGUUAAAGAUGAUGUUGCACCACUUGAUAGAAUCCUCAUCUUUGAUUGGAAUCGGGAGGAUAUGAUAGUUGCUGAGGGUCUAUUGAUUUCAACUCAUCCAAAAGAACUGGCCAACAAUAUUCCUCUAGGCUCCAAUGCUGCAAGUGUUAAAGUUCAUAUGGUGAUUAAUAAAGAUGCUUAUCAGUGGAGACCUACUAGUGAAAUGAUAUUGAUGGGAGAAAUCGUUGCAGAAGGCAAAAUAUGUUCAACUAAUCCAGAGGAUAAGGUACAUUUUGUCCCUUUAGGACCUGAUGCUAGCAAGGUAUGGGUACAAGUUUUAGAGAUUGGAAGUGCUAAAGUUUGGAGAGCAAAUUCAGAGGUUAAAUUCAUUGGUGAUGCUUUAGAAACUACAAUCGCAUGGCCUAACGAUAAACUUCAAUUUUUGUGAUAUUGUGGUGAAGAGUAUGUUUAUUAGAACUUGAAAUAUUGUGUUGAAUUAAGAUAUUGUGUACCU